UGUUUACUAUGUUGGAGUCGAUAUAGAGAGGAUUGUCAUGGAUAAAAUCGGGGUAGAAAGUGGUGUUGCACGAGCAAUCUUCAGUGCUGUGAGAGCGGGAAUGGUUGGUUUUAUUGACAUUAUUGUGUGCAGAAACACAGAGCUCUUGUACUGGGUCCGAGAUGGCAAAAGAAGAAACGUACUUAUGUCCGCUGUCCAACAUCGACAGGCUAAAAUCUUUGGAAUGAUAUACGAUUUUUCAGGGACGAAAGCUAGAUUACUAUCAAGUCGAGAUAAUCUCGGAAAUAACAUAUUGCAUGUAGCAGGGAUGUUAACAGAAUUCUCUCCGCUUGAUCACAUCACAGGUGCAGCUUUGAAGAUGCAAACAGAAGUACAAUGGUUUCAGGGGGUGGAGAACUUGUGCAAUCCUAUGUAUAAAAACGAGAGAAACUAUGCCGGUUUGACUCCUAAACAAGUGUUCAUGCGGACCCACACAAAGUUGACGAAAGAGGGAGAGCAAUGGAUGAAGGAUACAUCAAGUUCUUGUACAGUAGUUGGUGCUCUCAUUGUGACUAUUACGUUCGCAGCAGCAUUUACCGUUUCAGGCAGUAACGAUUAAAAUUAAGGCUUUCUAAUUUUUUUAAAUAAAAAAUUAUUUAAAACUUUUAUAAUAGCAAAUUCCCUAUCACUCUUUUCUUUCUCGACUUCGGUGUUGAUGUUUUUGGGAAUCCUCACAUCACGUUAUGAAGCAAAAGAUUUUCUAAGAUCCUUGCCAACUAAGAUGAUAGUAGGUCUUUCCACCCUCUUCUUCUCCGUUGCAACAAUGAUGAUAGCUUUUUCUUCUGCUAUUUUGAUUAUGUUCAGUGGAGAAUCAUGGAUUCUAAUUCCUCUUAUUGGUUUAGCUAGUAUUCCGGUUUGCUUGUAUGUAUUCAUGCAACUCCCCCUUCUUUAUGACAUGAUUGUUUUAACCUACGGAUCGGGCACCUUUGAUCAGAAAAUGAAGUUUGAGGCCAGGCGCCAGCGCAGGCAGCGUUGGCAGCGCUGGUGGCGUUUUUGGUGUUCGUUGUGGCAGGAGUCCUUGAAUUGUACGUAAGCAUGAUGUAUGGGUGUUCUAUUAAUACGUGUGUUUAUGUGUGUACUUGAGUUGAGUUGUACUGAUGUAUGGGUGUUCUAUUAAUAUGUAUGGGCGUACUAGCAGGGACGAAUGAUGCCCCUCCCAGCCACCUUUCUUUAUAUGUGUUUUUGGACGGAUGAUUGAUGACUUUUACGCUAGCUACCCUUGUGUA